GGUCACGUCUGCAAAACGCGCAUUCCAUUGAGACAUAAACACGGACGCAGAAGUCGGCACCAUGGCUAGAAUUUAUGUCUUUUUUUUCGUACUGAGCAGCUUUUUCGUUGGAUUUGGUGUCGUGGGAAAUUUACAAUUUAGGAACUCCUCAUCAACAUUUCGCGAAUGGUACGCGCCCAGCGGGCCAGCCACGCGUCAAGUAUCAAGCUGCCCCGGGGGACAUUGUCACUCUAGAAACUGCUGCUCCUUCUACUGCCUCGUGGGCGAGUCGUGUGUUAUGAUGACGGGGAAACCGUUCUGCGUGGAUGACGAGGGAGGCGUGGAGCCCUAUUUUGCCCCUCAUUGCGUCGAGACGCGUUGUCUGGAUUGUCCCAUUUCGUCCGGUUUGUACUGUUCGACCACCAUGUGCGAAGAUCUUGAGGCAUAUCCUUCCAUGGUGAUGUGUGACUUUAGCAGUAUUCGUGGUCCCGUCCGAUCUUAGGGAUCAUCCAGGUUUUUGGGUUUAUGUAAGAAAGUGUGUCAAAUUUUAAGAACCAAUUCAAUAUCGUUAAAUUAAAGCAAUGCCAAUUAUAAUCUUCAGUUGUUAUACAUUGUUUAUCAUUUUUGUUAUUACACUUUUAAAGAAUUUUUUUGUCUAAAGUUUGAUAAAGACCAAAUAUAAAGAUUGUGCAUGCAGAAAUUACGCUUUAAAAAUGUGGUGAAGUCAUGACUACGUGUGUAUACAUUCCGUACCCCUGGUAUUGAUUUGGUAAUAACUUCCCACAAGAUUUGUAAUGGUGUGGUUCUAAGGGUCCUAAGUAGUACCACGUAUU